AUGACUGACUCUCUCGUUAGCACACCAGUGGCUCAAGGUGAAAAACUAACAAACAAUGGAUAUCAUGAAAGAGUUGAUGAGAAGGAGUAUAGAAGCCUUGUAGGUCGUCUGCUUUACUUGACAACUACUAGGCCUGAUAUAAUGUUUGUUGUUAGUCUUCUUUCUAGAUUCAUGCAUUGUUGUGAUGUUGUUCAUUUUAAGGCAUGGAAAAGAGUUAUUAGAUAUGUGAAAGGGACCUUGAAUUAUGGAGUAAAAUUUGAGAAAGCAAAAGAACUCGAGUUGAUAGGGUAUUCUGAUAGUGAUUGGAGUUCAAAGAAACAACAAACUGUUGCUCAAUCUACAGUAGAAGCAGAGUACAUUGCAGCUGCUGCAGCUGUUAAUCAAGCCAUUUGGCUUAGGAAACUUUUAUGUGAUUUGAAUGAAGAUCAAGUUGAAGCUACUGAGAUUAGAGUUGACAAUCAGCACUUGUUAAGUUUUGGUACUCUUUCACGAGAAUGGGCUUUGAAGUGCAUGAAAGACCUUCUGCUUGUUAAUCUAAGAGGCAACCUUCAAAUAAUUGUUCAGGUUGCCAAGGAGUAUUACGAAUAG